AUGUCGUCAAUCCCACAGUCGUUUCUUGCCACUCCCAGUCCCAGUGACGCCGAAAAUAUCCACCAACUGAAUCCUCUAGAGUUGUUGGCACAAGUAGCCGCUGACUCACAACGUCUCGACACUCCUUUAACAACUCAUACUCCAAACGCCACCCCUCACGAGCCUCGUACACCAGCUCGUUCAUCUAAACGUCUCAGCAGCCGUAGAUCCGCCUCUUUAACCCCAUCAGACUCAGAUUCUAGUACCGCAUCACGCUGUUCUAUGUCUCCCACACCCACACUUGUGGACCGCAGCGACGGCUCCCCCGUUUCGUGGAAGGCUAGAAAAACUUGCCAUCGAUCGCCAAAGGUCACUGAAGCUCAAAAAUGUGCGCGCGCUGCCAAGGAGCCUCGCCGAAAAGAGGUUCUCGCUCGCGCGCUCCGUAUAAGAACUGUUGAGAAUUCGCCUGUGAACGAGCAACAGUACCGAGUACUCCGUAUGGUAUAUGACGAGAUCACUAAGUAUCCGAAGGACCACUGGAUCGCGAUUGUAGCCGUAAUCAUUCACCGGUCUUUCGCUCAAGUCAAACAUUGGUUCUCAAACGAACGCCAGAAAAACAAAUCUGGAGAGACAAUGGACUGGCACAACGAGCUUGGUGAAAAAAUACGAGUCAGACCCAUGGCCAUCGAAUUGUGCGAGCAAUGGUCGGACGAAUUCUUUGAGAACGUGGUAAUGGUGUACAACUUCAAAUCACUCAAACUUCUACAGUGGGUGGAAUAA